GGAAAGUGCGGCGGGCGGUUGGAGUCCUCGCCCCGCCCCCGCCUGCUUUCCGGUACUCUGGAGGCGUGAGCAGGCUGGGACCCAGCGCUGGGCGCCGCUUAACACCCACUCCCCGUCGCCGGUGCCAUGGAGGCGGCGGUGGAUGCCGAAGUCGAACCUGAGGAUGGCGACAGCAGCUGCGGAGACGUGUGCUUCAUGGACAAAGGCCUGCAGAGUAUAUCAGAGUUAUCUUUAAAUUCAACACUUCAUGCCAUCAAUCUGCAUUGUAAUAACAUCUCCAAGAUCACAUCCAUUGAUCAUAUUUGGAACCUACGACAUUUAGAUCUGUCAUCUAAUCAAAUAAGUCAAAUUGAAGGACUAAACACACUGACAAAACUAUGCACUUUAAACUUGUCCUGCAAUUUGAUCACAAGAGUGGAAGGACUUGAAGCACUGGUUAAUCUGACUAGACUGAAUUUAUCUUAUAAUCACAUAAAUGAUCUUAGUGGGUUGAUGCCUCUUCAUGGACUGAAGUAUAAACUUAGAUAUAUUGACCUACAUAGUAAUUGUAUAGAUAGUAUCCAUCACUUACUUCAGUGUACAGUAGGCUUGCACUUCCUAACCAAUCUUAUUUUAGAGAAAGAUGGAGACGGUAAUCCUGUCUGUCUUGUACCAGGGUACCGAGCAAUCAUUCUCCAGACUUUGCCACAACUGAGAAUCUUAGAUUGCAAGAACAUAUUUGGUGAACCAGUAAAUUUGGAAGAAAUAAACUCAACACGCCUACAAUGUUUUGAAGGACUUUUGGACAACUUAGUUUCUUCUGAUUCCCCCCUGAAUAUAAGUGAAGAUGAGGUCAUUGACAAUAUGCCGAUGGCAGCACCACCCAUGGACGUAUUGCCUCCUUUGGAGCAGUUUACCAGUACACCAGAAGACAAUGUUUUGACCUCGCUUUUAUCUGUGUGUCCAUCUUCUGAACCAGAAAAAAUUAAUCAUGAAAACGAUUUUCAGAAUGAAAUGAAACUUCAGAAAUUGGAUGAUCAAAUCUUACAGCUUCUCAAUGAAACUUCUAAUUCUAUAAUCGAUAAUGUUCCUGAGAAAGACAGCCCAAAAAGGGACACAGACAUAACUUCUGAAAGUGACUAUGGAAACAGAAAAGAGUACAUCCGCAAAGCUCCUAGAAGAACAAAAAUCCCGUAUUAUGCCAGGACUAUUCAAACUAUUAAGCACCACAAUAAAAACAACGGUGCUUUUGUAAGUUGUAAUCGCAAAAUGAGGCAGCCUUACCUUAAAGAUUUAUAUGUAAGAUCGUCUUUAGUAAACUGUAAUAUUUUAAGAGACUCAGACGAGCAGAAGACUGACUUAAUUAAAGUAGACAAAAGUGUCUCGGAUGACAACACUUAUCGGUCCCUCUUGGAACAGUUAGACCAAGAGAGAGAGAUGAGGUGGAAAGCUGAGCAAGCUGAAAAGAAACUUAUAGAUUAUAUCGAUGAGCUGCAUAAGCAAGCGAGUGAGAAAAAAGAUGUUCACAGCCUGGCUCUCAUCACUACAAACAGGCUAAAGGAUGUUAUUUUUAAGGAGAGACAUUCCAAGGCUCAACUUGAAAUUAUAGUUCACAGACUUCAAAAUGAAGUUAAAAAACUAACUAUUGAAUUAAUGAAGGCGCAAGGUCAACAGGAAGAGCACCUCAGACACUUGAGAACCCUGGAAAAGGCCUUGGAAAAAAUGGAGAAGCAGAAAGCACAGCAGCAGCAGGCACAGAUGAGACUUAUCCAAGAAGUGGAGCUCAAAGCCUCGGCUGCUGAUCGAGAAAUAAACUUACUUCGAACGUCUCUUCACCAAGAAAAGGAGCAAGUGCAGCAACUUCAUGAACUUCUGGCAUUGAAAGAACAGGAACACAGAAAAGAAAUUGAAACUAGGGAGUUCUUCAGUGACGCUGAGCUCCAGGAGGCAUUGGCUAAAGAAAUGUCCAAAGAAGAAAGAAAGCAUGAACAAGAAGUAAAAGAAUACCAAGAAAAAAUCGAUAUACUAAACCAGCAGUAUUUGGAUUUAGAAAACGAAUUCCGUAUUGCUUUAACUGUUGAAGCUAGAAGAUUUAAAGAUGUUCAAGAUGGUUUUGAAGAUGUUGCAACUGAGUUAGCCAAGAGCAAACAUGCUCUUAUUUGGGCUCAACGCAAAGAAAAUGAAUCUUCCUGUUUAAUUAAAGAUCUGACCUGUAUGGUGAAGGAACAAAAGACAAAACUCUCGGAAGUCUCCAAAUUGAAACAAGAAGCAGCAGCAAAUUUACAGAAUCAAAUCAACACUCUUGAAAUUUUGAUUGAAGAUGACAAGCAGAAGAGCAUCCAAAUAGAAAUUCUUAAGCAUGAGAAAACCCAGCUUAUUUCUGAGCUAGCAGCCAAGGAGUCACUGAUUUAUGGUUUGAGGACAGAACGAAAAGUAUGGGGCCAUGAACUGGCACAUCAGGGCUCGUCACUAGCUCUGAGUCGUGGGAAAUUAGAAGCUCAAAUUGAAAGUUUAUGUGGAGAGAAUGAAUCUCUUAAAAAAGCCCAUGAAAGUGACUGUGAUGCAUUGAGAAUAAAGUGCAAAAUCAUCGAGGACCAAACUGAAACCAUCAGACAAUUAAAAGAUUGUUUACAAGAAAAAGAUGAGCAAAUCAAAUUACUACAAGAAAAGAUCGCUUUUGUAGAAAAAUGUACUCAAGAACAACUUAAUGAAAAGUGUUCACAACUAGAUAAUGUGAUUGAAAAAUUAGAAAGACACAAUGAGAGAAAGGAAAAACUAAAACAGCAGUUGAAAACAAAGGAGCUAGAACUGGAGGAGAUCAGAAAAGCUUACAGCACACUAAAUCAGAAAUGGCAUGAUAAAGGAGAACUACUGUAUCAUCUUGAAACACAAGUGAAAGACGUAAAAGAGAAAUUUGAAAACAAGGAAAAGAAACUUAAAGCAGAGAGAGACAAAAGUCUUGAGCUACAGAAGGAUGCAGUAGAAAAGCUUCAGAGCAUGGACGAUGCCUUUAAAAAACAAGUUGAUGCAAUUGUUGAAGCUCAUCAAGCUGAGAUAAAACAACUAACAACUGAGAAGCAGAAAUAUAUUGAUUGUGCAAAUUUAAAGGUUCAACAAGUUGAAGAAGAAAUGCGAGGACUUCUGGAAGAAACAUCCAAGAACAAAAAAGUAAUGGAAGGAAAAAUUAAGGAACUUGUGUGUGCUCUAAGUGAAAUUCAGAAAGAAUGUGAUGUUGGUAGGAACCAAUUUAAUUGAAAUGGACCAACAGACCUAUUGUAAAAAUGAUUAAAUACUGUAACAGUAGCAACUGCUAUGACUUUGAAAUGUCUCUUUCUACACAUUUCCUUAUGAAUAUAUUUUAAGAGACUUGAUGAAAUAAUUGUAUGUGUAGGUUUUUUAUAAUAAACUAUUGAUUAUAUAUAUAUAAGAAGGACCUAUCAUAAUAAUUAGACUUAAAGGACUUUUUCUUGUCACUGUGCUGUAUAUACUUUGUUGGUAAUUACACAUUCAUUUAUUUGCAGACUUGUAAGGAAGGUUAGAAUUUGACUAUAGGAGAGAAAUGAGAGAAAGUAAUUGUUGUUAAUCUUGUGCUAGUGCAGAACUAAUUAUAUUUAUAGGUUGUCUUUUAGUUGAUGUAGCUCUGUUCUUUUAAAGUCUAUAUGAUUAAAAACAAAAAAUGAGUUGUCAUUCAAAAAGCAGGUGUAGCUCUCUCCACAUGAUGCAGUUUCCUCUUUUCUGGUGCAUUGAUUUCAUUAAAGGUGACAUUUGUAGUUUUAUAAACAUUGUCUCAUCUAGAAGAGCACUGCAGUCCUCCCGUCAUUCACACUUUGAGAGACUUCUGACUUUGCAACUGGACACACUCACUUCACUUCCAGAAAUGUCUUGUACUGCUACCUCACUGUUGUCGCCUCUUACAUUAGAAAAGAGAUGUCUCCACCCCUCUGUCAUUUCUGAGAGGAAGAAAAUACAACAUAUUUGAAAACUCCUAUCAUUAGUAAAUUAAAUUUUAAAAACUAAAUAGAACCCAAAUAACCUUUAUUCCUAAAGGGAAGGUCUUGUGUUAUUCUUAUAGCCGAGCUACAUACUGCAGUCUGUGGGCCAUUAUCAGAUCCACCAACAUAUGUAAUAGGCAUCUUGGAAACAAGAUAAAGAAUAGCUGCAAACCUACUAAAUUUUAUUUUAAAUAGUUAACCUAUAGAUAAAUUUUUAAUAAAAAAAUCAUGAUAAAAAAAUUUUACCCUUAGAAAUGUCAGCCAAACUUCAAUCAGUUUGAGAAGGAACAAGAAAGUCCUUAUCGUAAACAAUACCAGUUGGAAAGAAUUCUAUUAAAAUAACUGAAAGACACUGAUGAAUAUUAAUCUACAUUGUCAGUCAACCUGCUUUAAGAAAGUUGCUAAAGAAACUAAGGCAGUCAGAAAAUUAUACCUGACAACUCAAAAACCCACUAAAGGAAAUGAUUUACUAUAAAAGGUAAUUAUGUGGGUAAAUUUUUAUAUAAAAGAUUAGAAUUUUGGCUAACUGACAUAAAUUACUCUUGUUGGAUUUAUACCAUAGAAGAUAGCAGAAAAUACCGGGAGUUUGGUAGCUACAGUGUAUGUUUUGUUCAUAUUAUAGUAUAUUAGUAUCAAACUGAAGAUGAUUAGUGUUCAGAUGCAUAGUAUAAACCACUGGAGUAUCAACUAGGAAAAUAAUGUCCCAAAUCAUUAAAGUGCCAAAGCUAGGCAUGAUGACAUACAGUCACCACCAGGAGACUCUAGAGGAACCCAAAAGCCAGCCUGGGCCACAUUGGAGGCUCCACAUUGGAGUGGCAACAAGGGGUUUACUGACCUGCUUCCCAGAAAAAUAAUCCUGAUGGUAAAAGUGUUUUAAGACUUUUAGAAGUUGUCCUAAUUAGAUACAGCAAUUGAAGUAUUUAUUCAGCAAAAACCUCAGUAACAAUAGCAAAGGCCUCAGUAAUGUAUAGAGACAUGGCAUUCCCAGCACCAUCACUUUAGGACAGUGAAACUCCACUAGAUGGUUGUGGGUAUGGGCAAGUCAGCUUUCUUCUCCCCUUUGUAUCUAACCAAGGGAUGUAGUCUCACCAGAGUGGACAAGAUGUUAGGGUUAUGCAUCGCUUCUGAAACUUAAUAGGCUAUAUUAUGGUAAUCACAGCCAAGAACGGAGGGGAGUCCAUCCAUCCAGCUCCCAUUCAUGACAUCAAAAGUAUUAAUUAGUAGGAGUCUAGUUAACCAGGUCAAUAUCAGAGGUUACCUCCUGGGAGAGGUAGACCUAGAAGACCCAGACCAAGGCUUCCUAUCUUCAUCUAGCACCUGAAGUAGAAUCUUUUGGGUUUGCAUAGAGCCAGGUCCAAAGGGAUUGAGUUUAUUUGAAACAAAGUGGAGAAGUUCAAGCUAACAACUUUCUAAGAAAACAACUUCCUUAUAGGUGAACUAGUAGUUUAUCAGAUAAAACUAGUUAGUGACCUGCAAUCAGGCUGAACUGUCCUAUGCGUUGUGGGUGAGUCUGCAAAGUAGCAGAUACUUGAGAAUUUCAUAAAUAUAUUCUUAAGUCUCCUGAUACUAUACAGAUAGGAGGCAUCUUGCUCAGGAAUGUCCUGUUUUAUUUUAAAAUCAUCUGUAUUAUUAGAAAAUUCUCGUUCUUUAUUGUUGUACGGCCAGGUUGAGUCAUUUUUCUACAGUGUGUUGGUAGUUCAAAAUACUCAGGUUCUCACUUACCUACUCGGGAAUAAGAAUGGCAUCUAGGGAGAUGAAAAGGGAUACCACUUACAGUUGGGUCCGGAGGAAUUAACAUGUUAAGUGCUCUUGACUUUACUGAUACACUGCUUAUAGUGUGUGACAUCACCUUCCUGGUGUUGAUCUUUAUUUUUUCUUCAUGUGUCUGUAUUAUGUAUAAAGACAUUGCAAACUGAUUUUCUGUUGCGUUUAUUUCAGUUGCUCUUUUAAUUGUGUUCUGGAAAAUAGCAUAAUUGAGUCCUUAUAGCUUACAAUUUGGCUGUUCAAUAUGUUAUAAGAGAAGUAAGAGAAUCUCUAUAACUUGGCAACUUCUUAAUCAUACAGAUUCUCAGGCCCCAGGUCAACCUCACAUACUAAGCACACCCUCUCCUACCCAGCUCCCCUAUGCCAAGACCCACCUUUUAAACAGAAGCACUGAAUGAUAGGAGUUUAUGUUCACAUUUAGGAAGCAUUGGCUGGCCCAGAGCUCUGCAGUUUACUUCAGCUGUAUUCCUAUCAGUGCUUUGUGAAACUUCAAGUUUUUAAGUAUCUGCCCUGAGUAGAGUCUUCACAUCUAUGCUGGAGUUUCUAUAUAGCUGUCUUACUAACUUGCCUGCUUUUACCUCAGAUAUAUUCUUCAGAUAUAACUUCUUUUUUGGUAGAGCAAUUUCUGCCACCCCAGAUCACAAAUGUCAUUAGGAGUGCUAUUUGUCAAAUCAAAUCUUGGUCUAUUUUUGUGAUUCAGUUAUGGUUGAAUAGGCUAUACAACUGGUUCUGUUGAGUAAGAUUUUAGUGUAAAUGAUGAUUAAGGCUUGUAGUUUGCCAUUGCAGUAUAAUGUAGCUCAUCCUUUUGACUACUUUUGCUACUGCUUCAAUGUCAGGUAAACAUAAUUUCUACUUCAGGUUAAGGUCUGUUCAUGUGCAUUUGGAUAUGCUAGAUGGAAGAUAUAUGCAAUUUUGUGUUUUUUUCUGUGAUAUUCAAUUAAAUAUAAUCCAUGAAUUCAAAUGGUA